CGUGGCUGCAGAAUCAACAAGAAGACCGACACGACAUGCCUCUGCAGCAGCUCGGCGGCCUCGCGCCCUGGUCCAAGCACGCGAACGCGCUCAACCACAUCGACCACGUGACGCUCAAGCGGCCGUGCGCCAAGGAGGCGCCGACGCUGGUGCUACUGCCCGGCGUCGUCGUCGAGUACGCACUGCACGUCUGCCUCCGCACGUCGCUCGCGCACCUCGCGGUCACCAGCGCCAAGCCCACGAGUCGCGACGCCCGGCGGUCCCGCGUCGACGCGUACGCCGUCACAGAGUACAUUGUGCACCGGCGCUUCUCCGAGUUCUAUCGACUUUGCGCCGAGCUCACGCGCGUUGUGCUGGCAUGCGAGACCAGCUGCGUCUACUGCUACCAAAUGCUCUCGGUUCUCGACGACACGCUGUUUCCGCACCGAGGACCGUACUGGGUCACGCUGCGCCAAGCCCAGCUCGAGGCGUGGCUCACGACGAUCCUCUCGGUGGCGCGGGCGCAUCCCGGGCAGUUUGAGUCGCGCUGUCACGGUUUCUGCACCGUCAUGCGCCUGCUGGUGACCUUUUUAGCGAUCCCUGACCUCUAGUCGUUCCUUGUACUUGUAUAUAUAUAUAUUCACAAAGCACGCAGUCCA